AUGAUGCAGGGCGGUAGAGGGCAGCGGGCUGGCCCUCUUCGGAGCCGUCUGGAGGUAGAGCAUGUUGGGGUCAGCUGUGGGGCAAGCGGCGCAGCCCCCCGAGAUGGCACCGUAAGCCAUAGCAUCAGGAACAUCAGAAGAGUCAGAAGAAGUAUCAGUUUGGACGGAAUAAGAAACCGUCCCGCUGAACCUCAGACAACACAUGGAAGAACACGUUGGACGGAGGAAGAGAAUAUCCUCAUUAUACGAGUUCAUUUUAUUGCUGAGGAACUACGCCAACAAAAUACGGAACAAAGAACGUAUCGACAAAUCCUGACCACCACUUGGAAUGAGAUCAAUCCGAGUAGGCUCUCAUAUCCGAAUCUGCUGGCAAAUAGGGUUAGAUGGAUAUUGGAAAAUGAAAAAUUCUCAAGCGUCGAACUCGAAUCCAUCAGAAAAAGCGUGAGACCAUACGCCCCAGUCCCAACUAAUGGCGCUACCAUCACUGAGGAAGCGAACCCCGAACAACAGGUUCAAGCGACACUUGAGUACAGGAAAACAGAGAAAGUUCUCAGAAGGUUCAUACAGAUGUAUGCCAAGAUCAAUCCUCACGAGAGGCCAAGAAUACCAAGACUCAAAGGAUCACUGAAGAUAUUGAAAAGUGUUAGAAGGACAAAUGAAAUAAUGAAAAAAAUCAUGCCAGACAAUCUCAACAUCGAGCAAGUCACUGAUUAUGUUUAUGCCGGGGCUGUAACUGUGUGCGAAGAAAGUAACGUGAGGCUAAUUGUUACCAAAAGCCGAAUACGAGAGAACAGAGCACCACCAUGGAAGAUCCGCCUGGAAAAAAAAAUAGAGAGUAUACGAUCAAAAAUAGGAGUGCUACAUACUUACCUGAACUCCAACUCGCCAUCCAGAAAAACAACUAAAAAGAUCUCAUGCAUAGCAUCAGAACACAAUGUAAGAGGUAGGGAUGGACCCUUCAAGCAAAAACUUAUGGUAAUAUAUGACACCCUGAAACAAAAAGCACAAGCAUUAGGGAAUAGGGUGAAACGAUAUAAUGAAAGGGUAAAAAGGUACAAGAAUAACCAGUUGUACUAUAAAAACCAAAAACUAUUCUACCGACAACUAGAGGAAACAACUACAGCUGAAGAGGAUUUCCCAAAACCCGAUGAAAUGCGCACAACAUGGGAAGAAAUCUGGAGCGACAAGGGAGAGCAUGAUGAUGGGGCGUCUUGGAUACGGGAAGCAGAGGAGGAAUCAAAAAAUUAUGUCAUGGAUCAGGUUACCAUCACUGAGGAUGAUGUUAGAGCAACAUUAAAAAAAACAUGCAACUGGUCUGCGCCGGGACCCGAUGGGCUCCAUAAUUACUGGUGGAAGCACUUCAGCUCCACACACAAAAUGAUAGCAAAGUUAUUUCAGCAGGCCUUGGUGAAUCCAUCUCAAUUACCGAACACCCUAACACUUGGCAUAACUCACAUGAUUCCGAAGGGGCCGAAAAACAAUAAUCCCAAAGAUUAUAGGCCAAUUACCUGCUUACCUGUCGUAUAUAAAAUCCUGACAGGAGUGAUAACCCAAAAAAUCUGGAAACAUGUUGGAAAAAACAAAAUUCUAGCACGUGAACAAAAUGGAUGCCUAAAAGAUGCAAAGGGUAGCAAGGAGUUGCUUAUUGUUGAUUCGCUCAUCACCAAACAAGCGAAAAAGAAACAACGUAAUAUAUCGAUGGCAUGGAUUGAUUAUAGAAAAGCCUUCGAUUCCAUACCACAUUCAUGGCUGCUAAAAACUUUAAGAUUAUAUGGAGUAUCGGAGGCGAUAAUCAAUCUCCUCAAAUAUCUUAUGCUGACAUGGAGAACAAGACUACACCUGAAUACGAAUACAGGUGAAUAUACAACUGCUGAAAUCAAGAUCAGAAGAGGGCUUUUUCAAGGAGACAAAUUAAGCACACUCUGGUUCUGCCUCGCAAUAAACUUCUUGAGCAAAUUACUUAAUAACACCAAGUACGGCUACAUCCUCAAAAAAACAAACAACACAAAAAUCAAUCAUCAGCUCUACAUCGAUGACCUCAAAUUGUACGCAGCAAAUGAAGAUCAACUUCGAAGACAGCUUAGAAUCGUGACAUCCUUCACAGAAACUGUGAAGAUGGAGAUGGGCUUGGAUAAGUGUGCGGUGCUGCAUGUAAAGAGAGGAAAACUAGUGGAGGGAGAAGCCAUGCUUAUACAGCAGGGCUUACAAAUACAGAGGAUGGGACCAGAGGAAACUUACAAAUACCUGGGAAUCCAACAAGGGCUUGAAAUUAAAACAGCUGCAGCAAGAAAUGCCUUUAAAACCAAGGUCAUUGAAAGGGUAAAAAAAGUAUUGCAAAGCAAACUUAAUGCAAAAUCAACGUUCACAGCAAUUAAGGCUUGGGCGAUGCCCUGUCUUGCUUAUUCCUGCGGCGUCAUCAAAUGGUCAACUACGGAACUAAGAGCUCUAGACACACAAAUUAGGGUACUCCUCACCAGGUAUGGAAUGCACCACCCUCAUGCAUCAGUCACAAGAUUAUACAUUCCAAGAAAUGAAGGAGGAAGAGGCCUACAGAAAAUUGAGCACAUGCAUCACACUGUAGUCAAACAAAUGAGAGAGUAUUUUCAAUCAAAAAACUCACCUUUCUAUCAAGCUAUAGCCGAAGAAGACCACAACAUAACAGCCCUGAACCUGGCAUCGAGAAUAGACCCAGUAGAAACCUCAAACAUCGAGGAAAUCACUCGGGAAUGGCAUGGUAAAGCCCUUCAUGGAAGAUAUCCCACUGCCCUGAAAUGGAAUAAGAUCAACAAAGAAAAGUCUGUUUCUUACCUGAAAGCCGGUUAUCUUUUUCCAGAGACGGAAGGCAGACUUGCAGCCAUCCAAGACCAGGUAAUACCUACGAGAGCCUACCUGAAAAAUAUAGUGAAAAAGAACUUGCCAACAGACAGAUGUCGCAGAUGCUCACAAUCCGUAGAAACGAUCCAGCAUGUCACUUCCUCUUGUGCAACUCUCGCUCCCAAAGAAUACACGGAUCGUCACAAUGCCAUGGCAAAAGUUUACCACCAGGCAAUUGCCAUAAAACAUGGAUUAUUAAAAUAUCAUAAAAAAAUUCAUGAAUACUCACCACAAACUCUGCUAGAGAAUGAAAACCUGAAGCUCUACUGGGAUCAUCCACUAAUUACUGAUCGAUCAGUCUUACACAACCGCCCAGACAUUGUCAUCUUUGACAAGAAAGAAAAGACGGCAACAAUCAUUGACAUCACGGUUCCAGCGGAUGACAACGCUGAGAAAGCUUACACUGAGAAAAUAGUCAAAUAUCAUGACCUGGCUUUUGAACUGAAAGAGAUUCACCAACUUACCUGUACUUCGAUCCUUCCGCUCGUCAUCACAACCAAUGGACUUGUUGAAAUGCACCUGACCCAACACACUACGCAGCUCGGACUUGAUGAAAGCCUAAUCGAUGUGGCACAAAGGGAAGUCAUUCUCUGGACUACAAGAAUAGUCAGAAGAUUCCUCACCAGCAGCUGA